AUGGCUACCAAUGGCGAGGCCAAGACCCCUCAGGUCUCAGUUGUUUCUGCCACUGACCCAGCCGCUGUCCCCGGGCUGAUUAAAGAGCUCUCGGCCUUGGCUGAGAAGUUCGACCCCGCCAAUGUCGAUGACAAUCUGCGUCUGGAUCUCGCCCUCAAGGCAAGGACGUUAUGGAAGUCCCUUGAGACUCCACGUGAGACUAUGAUCAGACACAACUGGGCCCAGCCUGCCGCUUUCACCGCCCUGACUGCCGGUACACAGAAGGGUGUCUGGACCUACCUUGACGAGCAUGAUGGCCCGUUCGUUGCCAGCAAGGUUGCAGAGGCCCUGGACAUCACUCCCGCUGUCUGGUCCCGUCUUGCCCGCCAUCUCGGUGCCAUGGGCUACCUGAAGGAAAUUGCCCCAGAUACUUAUGAACGCACAAACUUCACCAAGGCCAUGUCUGUGCCCAUCAUUGGCCAGAGUUACCCUGUGCUGGCUGGUGGCUGCUUUGCUGCCCUUGACCACUUCCACGAGUACCAGGACAAGGUCGGCUGGACGGAGCCCAACGACGUCGCCAAGGGUCCCUACCAGGCGGCGUUCAACACCAAGCUCAACUUCUUCGAGUACCUGCAGGCCAACCCCCCCUAUGGCGUGCAGUUCAACUACCACAUGGGCGGGUACCACCAGGGUCGCCCGUCGUGGAUGGACCCCGGCUUCUUCCCUGUCAAGGAGAACCUGAUUGACGGGUUCGAGGACAAGGAGGGCUCGGCCUUCUUGGUCGACAUCGGCGGCUCCGUGGGCCACGACAUCGAGGAGCUUCACAAGAAGUAUCCCCAGAUCCCCGGCCGCCUGGUCCUGCAGGACCUCCCGCUCGUCAUCAGCCAGAUUGAGAAGCUUGAUGACCGGAUCGAGCGCAUGGCUUAUGAUUUCCACACCGAACAGCCCGUGAAAGAGGCCCGCGCAUACUUCAUGCACUCGGUCCUCCACGACUGGCCCGAGGAGGUCUGCCUCAAGAUCCUUGCUAACAUCACCGCCGCCAUGAAGCCCGGCUACAGCAAGCUCCUCAUCAAUGAGAACGUCAUCCCAGACACCGGCGCCCAGUGGGAGGCCACCGGCCUGGAUAUCAUGAUGAUGACUCUCCUGAGCUCCCGCGAGCGCACCCGUGAGAACUGGGAGACUCUCCUGAACAAGGCCAACCUGAAGAUUGUCAAGGUUUGGAGUGCCAGAAACGGCGCCGAGAGUCUGAUCGAGUGCGAGCUCGCAUAG